CACAAGAGAAACCCCAUCCACGAAAUAUGUGUACGUAGCACAUAAAUCGCAGAAAUCGGGGCCAAACAAAGAACCAGAAAAGCGAGCAAAACUAGACGCGGCCACACGAUGGCUUUCGGCCUGUCAAUCAAGGACCACCAUGGACAACUGCUCCUCCUGCUGCUGCUCGCCGCCACCGCGAUGCUCUCGAGUGCGGCGCUGGGCGAUGAUGCCCCGCCACGCCCCUCGCCGCCGCCCACCGUAAAGCUGAACAAGUGCUGCCCUGGGGAGUACCUGAACGCCAGCUCCAGCGGCGACUGCAUCGCCGGCAGCGAGUCGCUCUGGCUGCCGAUGGUCUACCUGGUGCAGCAGCAGCGCUUCUUCGAGCCGCACGGCGCCGGCCCGCGCUUCAUGCGCUUCCUGCCCAACGCGCGACCCCACUGCCGUCCGGACCAGGCGCAGGAGCUCUUCCGGAGUCGCGGCGCCAACGUGAUGCUCUUCCCCAACGGCACGCUCUACGUGCGGGAGCGCGGCCUGCUGGUCCAGCCGCAGGACUACUGCGUCGACUGGGAGGUGGCGCUGGUCUGCCUCAACCACACUGCCGACGCCCUGGAGGCUCCCGGAGGCACCAACCUUGCGCAGAAGGACCAGCCGGCGCUGCGGCUGCGCAAGUGCUGCGGCAAGUGGGGCAGCUACAACACGCAGCUGAAGAACUGCGACCUGCAGUCCGCCCAGCCGAACGACGGACGCCUCCGGCUGGCGCCACAGCUGCCGGAGAACAGCUACCUGACCAGCUACGGCCUGCCGGAGUGCACCCACUCGGGCGGCUACUCCAUCGCCGGCGACUGGCAGGAGGCCAGGCUGGAUCGCAGCACGGCCGGCCUGCAGCUGCCGCACAAGAACCUCAGCGCCGAGCAGUACUGCCUGGAGCACACGCAGCACGCCGGCGAGGUGAAGAUCAUCGCCUGCCAGCACCUGUUCCGACCGGAGGCGGGCCACACCACCGCGGAGGGGGCGACGACGCCCGCGCUGGAGGAGCUCGACAACCAGAACCUGCAGAAGGCCGUGCUCACCGGCGGCAUACUCGUCUCGAUCGUCUUCCUGGCCGCCACCCUGGUGGCCGGAUUCAUGCUGCAGGCAGUCCACCACGCCCUCCACUGGCGCUGCCAGCUGUGCUACGUCUCCUGCCUGCUGGUGGGCAAGGUCCUGCUGGCCAUCGAGGAGCUGAGCGCCACCCUGCAGCCGGGCAGCGCCAGCUGCCUGAUGCUGGCCAUCGGCAUGCAGUUCUUCUUCCUGGCCGCCUUCUUCUGGCUGAACACGAUGUGCUUCAACAUCUGGUGGACGUUCAGGGACUUCAGGCCCAGCUCGCUGGAGCGCAACCAGGAGAACCUGCGCCUGGUCCUCUACUCGCUGUACGCCUGGGGCGGACCGCUGCUCAUCACCUUCGUGGCCGCCUGCGUGGACCAGCUGCCGGAGACGUCGCUGCUGCGUCCGGGAUUCGGGCAGCUGUACUGCUGGUUCGACAACCGCAACCUCUCGAUCUUCGCCUACUUCUACGGACCCAUUGGACUGCUGCUCUGCGUGAACAUAGCCCUCUUCGUGUCCACCACCCACCAGCUGACCUGCGGCCUGUGGAAGCGGGACGACGUCAAGUCCUCGACGGAGAAGUCCGCCUUGGGCAGGGUGUGCCUCAAGCUGGUGGUCGUCAUGGGCGUCACCUGGAUAGCCGACAUCCUGUCCUGGCUGGUCGGCGGACCGCACGGCGCCUGGUUCUUCACCGACCUGAUCAACGCCCUGCAGGGCGUCUUCAUCUUCAUCGUGGUCGGCUGCCAGCCGCAGGUGUGGACCGCCUGCCGCCGGAUCUUCUGUCCGCGAUUGCGCCACGACAUCACGAACACCACGAACGGAGUCCAUCACUCGGGCAGCUCCCAGGGCGUCCCGUCGACGGUCGUCGGCACGGAGAUCACGCAGAACGUCAGUCUGGCCAACAGCCAGCACGGCGGAAUAGGAGGAGCUGCCCCAAUGGCGGCCGGGGAGGAGGAGGAGGAGCUGCCGGAGAAGUCGGCCAACGACACCGUACUCACCGUGAAGCGGGAGACCGCCUGCUAAACACAACUGAGACGAGCGACAAUGCGAAAGUCAGGCCCGGAUACAAAAGUCCAGACCCCGAACGAGCGAAAUAAUGGCAAUGGGCAGCUCCGCAGCGCGGAGGCAAUGAAAAAAAAAGAAGAAAUACUUAUAUAAAAAGCAGCAAAAGCUGGAGUUUCGAGACGCAGCACACACUUGCGCAAUCGCAACAACGGCAGCAACAACAUCGAAAACAGCAACAGCAACAACAACAGUAAGAUCAACAGUCGAGCAAGCUGACCAGCUAAUUGUGUGAGUGAGUGAGUGUGUGUGAAAGCGUCUUGCGCGUGAUUUUGAAAUCGGCCAACAACCGCUGUGGAACAAAAAGUACUCAGUAUGCCAGUAUUCAACUUCAAUUUGAGCCGGCACAAAAGAAACGUAUUAUUUUAUUCAUCGUCAUGAUCAAGUCAACCAGCUCAACUCAAUUCAACUCGACAAGCAAAAGCAGUAAAAGCUGACUAACGGUAAAGCAGUACGGGUCACAUUAACACGUUCUAAUUGGACACUUCACUUCGGUCAGUGUUGCGAAAUACUUGCGGCAGGCAAUUGGAAUGUGCGGCCAAACAGGAAUUUACAAUAGACAAAACAAAGCACAGCUAUUGUUGCUCUUUCACUUCCAAGCAACAAAACACAGAAAACAACAAUGCAUGCGUGUGUGUGUGUGUGUUUGUGUGGCAACCACAAGGAAUUUGCUGUUGAGGCACUUUUGUUGUUUUGGUUUUAGAUGGCUGCUCUGCUUUUUCCGACUCAAAUCUCAAGUGUGAGAAAAACAUCGCAGACACACAUGCACAUUUGGAUGUUUAACAUUUAAAUUAGCUGAUUCUGAUUGGGACUCCACGAUUCCAUUAACUUGACACUGCUUGCAUGCAUCUUGUCUGUGUGUGUGUGUUUAUAUUCUUGACACUUUCAUUGCCUAAUCGUCACUUUUUUACUGGAAUACUGGAUGAACAACCGCUGACUGCAGCUAUUUUUAUGUUUGGCGCAUAAUCUUUCCACCGAAAACUUUUCUGUAUGUUAUUUUUUAUGUCUAGAGUAAACAAAUGAAAUUUAUUUACUUGGAGGCCUAAACAGAACCGCCUCACACACACUGACACACGGAAGCAAUCAAAUUGAUCAUCGAAAGUUCAACGAUACUUAUCGAUCAAGGUUAAAUGGUGGAAAGAAAAGCGAUUUUAAUUAAUCAACGAACGAGCAGUAGACACUCAAACAUGCGCAAACUGACCCAAAUUCCAAGCAAGCAGUACCGUUGUCCUGCAUCCUGACUGUGGCGCCAAUUCAAAUGUAUUCCCCCAUCCCCAAACGUAUUUAAUGUAUUUUAGGUCUUGAAAACGCAGAAACUAUAAUGCAGUACAAUCAUUAUUUCUCAUUAUUUUUAUUUAACCAUUUUUUUUAUAAUUAUCUAAUCUUAAUUUAUUGCUCGAAUUGCGUUCGCACGUUCAACGUGCGUUUGUAACCAUUGUAUUAUGUAGUUGAACUUCCAAAGUGUUCAGGCCAAAAGUAAUUCUCACCGUAUUAACCAUACUGAUACUGGUAGAAGUGGAGAGUAUAUGUUUAAUUGUACAUAAUCAACGAGGAUGUAUUCUUUUUUUUAAAUAAGUAGAUUGUAUUUUUUUAAGCGAAGCAACGAAUCGAAUAUGAAACUAUCGAAUGACUGAAACAAAGGCAGCGAAUACUUUACACCAACAUAGAUCAUAACUUUUGAUACUAACUUUUGACUGUUGUAUAUAAACGUAUUUUGUACACCUUAUUGGCUAAGCGAUGAUUUAUUAAAGUAUAUGCACAUUUGCGUGUGAUCCCCAAA